CGUACUCGCAGCAGUACACUGGCACUCCGAUACGACGAUACUCAGAUACUCCGAUACUCUGGUGCUCUGGUACUCCGCUCCCGAUACUCGCUCGUGGGCUCGGAAAUGUCAUUUGUCAAUCACCGUGCGAGCGCAACGGUUGUCCGAGAGCGAGCUCCCUGCGAGGACUAAGCCAGUCGGUUAAGGUAGCACAAAUCAGUAAAUCAGUAAAGAAAAUCCAAGUCCAACUAAAUGGCAAUCCCAACAAACAACGAAUAAUUUCACAAAAAUUAAAUAAAUAAAUAACGAAACGCGUGCGCUCCUCCUCUCAGUCUCUCAGUGUCUCAGUGUGCCAAAAGUGAAGUGCUAAACAACCAAAUAAAGGAGAAAAGAAUAAUAAUACGAAUAAAAACAUAAAUCAAACUAGAGAAACAGAAACCAAACAAGCCAAACAAUCAUGGAUAACUCAGACUGCCGUGUUCCCUGGGCCAGUGCCCCCAGCAGCAUGACCUGCCUCUCCCUCGACACAGCCAAAUGCCACAGCUCCAGCUCCAAAUCCCAGCCAGACUGCAACUCUCCUCCAGCGGCGGAAAAGAUCCAGCGCCACAUUGCGCAUACGCAACGUUGUCCCGGUGGUGGCAAGAUCACAACUCUGCUGGCAGUCCUGCUCCUGGUGCUGCCCCUCAGCUUUACUCCGGCGCACAGCUGUGGCCCCGGUCGAGGCCUGGGCCGUCGCCGGGAGCGCAACCUUUACCCUCUGGUCCUCAAGCAGACCAUUCCCAAUCUCUCUGAGUACACCAGCGGUGCCUCCGGGCCACUGGAGGGCGCCAUCCGUCGGGACUCGCCCAAGUUCAAGGACCUGGUGCCAAACUACAACCGGGAUAUCCUGUUCCGCGACGACGAGGGCACCGGAGCCGACCGUCUCAUGAGCAAGCGCUGCAAGGAGAAGCUCAACGUGCUGGCCUACUCGGUGAUGAACGAGUGGCCCGGAGUCCGUCUCCUGGUCGCCGAGUCCUGGGACGAGGAUCACCAGCACGGCGCGGAGUCGCUGCACUACGAGGGUCGGGCUGUGACCAUUGCCACCUCGGAUCGCGACCAGUCCAAGUACGGCAUGUUGGCCAGAUUGGCGGUGGAGGCUGGUUUCGACUGGGUAUCCUACGUCAGUCGACGUCAUAUAUACUGCUCCGUUAAAUCAGAUUCCUCGAUCAGCUCCCAUGUCCAUGGAUGCUUUACGCCAGAGAGCACUGCCCUGUUGGAGGACGGUGUGAGGAAGCCGCUAGGCGAGCUCUCCAUUGGAGACCGCGUCCUGAGCAUGACCUCCAACGGCCAGCCUGUCUACAGCGAGGUGAUCCUCUUCAUGGACCGCAACCUGGAACAGAUGCAGAACUUCGUACGCCUGCACACGGCGGGCGGAGCUGUGCUGACGGUUACGCCGGCGCAUUUGGUGAGCGUGUGGCAGCCGGAGCGCCAGGAGCUGACCUUCACCUUCGCGGACCGCAUCGAGGAGCGACAGCACGUGCUCGUCCGGAACGAGCAGACGGGAGAGCUGCGACCGGAUCUGGUCAUCAAAGUGGAGAGUGUGCGCAGCAAGGGAGUGGUGGCGCCUCUCACCCGCGAAGGCACCAUUGUGGUCAACUCGGUGGCCGCCAGCUGCUACGCGGUGAUCAACAGCCAAUCCCUGGCUCACUGGGGCCUGGCGCCCAUGCGUCUGCUCUCCACCCUGGAGGCGUGGCUGCCGGCCAAGGAUCAGCUGCGCAGCUCUAAGGACCACACAAAGAACAGUUCCGCAGAGCGGCAGAACGGCAUUCACUGGUAUGCCGAGGCGCUGUACAAAAUCAAGGACUACGUGCUGCCGCAAAGCUGGCGCCAUGAUUAGGUCCUGUGCCUCCCAAAACCCGGCCCAAUAAUUGUAUUAUAUUUUGUAGUUAUGUAUAUGCCUAAUGAUUGAUGUAUUUCAAUGUUGAAUAUGAUUAAUACCGAUCGCUAUUAUUUAUUUAAAACACACAAAACACCCACCCAUAUGGAGAAAGCAAAAAAAAAAGGAUAUCAUAAAGCCAGAGCAAACGAAAUCAAAAAGAAUUCGAAACUGUUAUACACACGUCCUUGACUUUUUGUGUUUUUGCAAACAUCCCUAGAUUUAAGUAGGCAAUCCUUGGCACAAAUCCUAAAUGAAAUGCGAGAGAUAAAAACAAGAAAGAAGCAUGCACCAAUUUUUUCUUCAGACGACUGUUACUGUAUAUUUUUAAUGGAAUUGAAUUUGCAUAAUUUAUUAAAUUGCGAAAUAGAGUUUGAGUGCGAGUGCGGCGGAGCGCGUUCCAGCCAUUGGAUAUAUAAACAUUUUGUACUUUGUAUAUAGAAAUGAAGCAUUAUAGUGACUGAAUACUUUAUUGUAAUUUUGUAUAUAAUACUUAAUAGUUAACUGCGUAUUUAUACCUUAUAUUUAAUGAAUUAUAUUGAAAUUGUUUGAUAAA